AUGAGCACCUCGGGUCCUCCGAAGAGGAAGAGCUACAUGGGUCAGCACCAGAUCAAGAAGAAACAAGGCCUCCAUGCUCCUGAGGAGCCUCUACCAGGGGACAGACAGGCAGACAGCAGGGACAGCCUCAUGGGUGGGGGUGCAGUGUUCCCGCUGGGAGAAUCCACAUUAGCCCUUGAUGCAGAGUUGCUCCAGGUGCUGGACGCUGUCGACCCUCCGAAGCCUGCAGCUCGCCCAACACCAGGAGAGAGAGAUGCCCAUGAGGAGCCAGCGUCAUCGGCGGCCUUUGGCCCGGCACACUCGCUUGCACCAGUUGGAGACAAUAAGCGGGAGAGCAGCAGAGCCCCCACAGGUCAGGGACCCCGGGGAGCCCCCAGCGCCCGGGAGAGGGUCUCUGGGCGAAGUGUUGAUUGUGAGAGACCAGGUUGGACGGAUGAGUGCAAAGAUCUCGCUCAGAAGCUUCUAUUCAGUGAGGAUUCGGAGGAAGCAGAAGGCGCUAAGAAGGGUUCAGAAAGAGAACAGCUGGUGCCUGCAUCAGCCGACAUUAAGAAGCCACCAUGUCGAGACAUAACAGACAGUCAGCGAGCAGGCAGCUCCAACAAGCAGAAGGGUGCGCCCAGAAGAAAGAGCCCUCCUGGAUCAAGUGAGAACGCUGCCCCCCCUCUGGAUGUGUCCAGAGACUACAUCUUGUUCAGCCCCACGCGCCUCACAGCUGCCAUGAAGCGGGCCAAGCUCCAGCAGUCGCUACAGAACCAGUCGGCCUCUGUGCUCACAAUCCCCACUGGAUUAGAGCUCAGUUCUCUCAGUGACACCUUGCCUCAGCCAGGCAUUGUCCUGUGUGCUCCAUUGAAUCAAGCUGAAAUGCUGCAGUUGUCCAGCUGGGGUUUGCCUAAGGCCGUCCUGGAGCGCUACCAGAAACACAACGUGACUUGCAUGUUCGAGUGGCAGGCUCAGUGCCUCACUGUGGGACAGGUGCUGCAGGGAGGUAACCUGGUGUACUCCGCUCCCACUAGUGCUGGAAAAACUCUGGUGUCCGAGCUGCUGAUGUUGAAACGUAUUUUGGAGACUAAAAGAAAAGCACUCUUCAUUUUACCUUUUGUCUCUGUGGCUAAAGAGAAGAUGCACUAUCUUCAAAGUGUAUUUGAAGAGGCAGGAGUUCGUGUGGAGGGAUACAUGGGCAGCACUUCAGCUGCUGGAGGGUUCAAAGCCCUGGAUGUGGCUGUUUGCACCAUAGAAAAAGCCAACUCUCUGAUCAACAAACUCAUUGAAGAGGACAGUAUGGGUCUACUAGGUAUGGUGGUGGUGGACGAGUUGCAUAUGGUCGGGGAUUCUGGGAGAGGAUACCUGCUCGAACUGCUCUUGACCAAAAUCCGCUACGUAGCCCGGAAGCAGAACACCACAGGGUCUUUGUCUGAGGGUGUACAGAUAAUAGGUAUGAGCGCCACCUUGCCUAACCUCUCCCUCCUGGCCAGCUGGUUAGGUGCUGAGCUUUACCAGACUGACUACAGACCUGUUCCCCUGCUGGAGCAUCUCAAAGUGGGCUGCAACAUCUACGACAAGAGCCUCUCCGUGGUGCGACAGUUCACCCCGGCCCUCCACAUUAAGGGUGAUGACGACCACAUAGUGAGCCUGUGUUAUGAGACGGUGAGUGAUGGCCGCUCUGUGCUGAUGUUCUGCCCCUCAAAGAACUGGUGCGAGAAACUAGCAGACAGUAUCGCAAGGGAGUUCUACAACCUCAGACUGGCUGAUGGUCAGGGCGACACUAACCUCAGACCAGUGGCUCUGGAUCAAGAGGGUCUAGUGGAUGUUUUAGCCCAGUUGAGACGAACUCCUGCUGGGCUUGACCCCAUCCUCCAGCGGACUGUGCCAUGGGGCGUGGCCUUCCACCAUGCAGGGCUGACAUUCGAUGAACGCGACGUGCUGGAGGGAGCUUUUCGUCAGGGCAUGCUCAGGGUCCUAGCUGCCACCUCUACUCUCUCUUCAGGAGUUAAUCUCCCAGCGCGCAGGGUCAUCAUUCGAACCCCGACUUUCAAUGGACACCUGUUGGACCCGCUCACGUACAAACAGAUGGCAGGACGAGCAGGGAGAAAAGGAGUUGACACUAUAGGUGAGAGUGUGUUGGUUUGUAAGGAGGCGGAGCGUCAGAAAGGCAUUAUCCUCCUCAAAGGUGCUCUUCAGCCAAUCAGCAGCUGUCUGGUGAGAAAGGAAGGGGAAGGUGUCACCACGAGCAUGCUGCGAGCCAUCCUGGAGAUCAUUGUUGGCGGUGUAGCCAGCACUCCAAAGGAUGUGUCAUUGUACGCCUCGUGUUCUCUUCUGGCUGCCAGCUCGAAAUGUGACGGCAAAUCCAGAUCAGACGAAGGGACCAACAAAGGGGCUAUUGAGGCCUGUGUUGAAUGGCUGAUGGAUAAUGAAUUUAUUAGCAUCCAGAAGGAGGGAGACGAGGAGCGAUACUGUCCCACUCAACUCGGCGGCGCCACCCUCUCCUCCUCCCUCUCCCCUCCCGAGGCUCUGGGAAUAUUUGCAGAUCUCCAGCGUGCCAUGAAGGGCUUUGUGCUGGAAAAUGAUUUGCACAUUCUUUAUCUGAUCACCCCGUUGUAUGCAGAGUGGACGACCAUAGAUUGGUAUCAGUUCUUCCGUCUGUGGGAGCAGCUCUCGUCAUCGAUGAAAAGAGUGGCAGAGCUGGUCGGCGUCCAGGAAGGUUUUCUCGCCAGGUCUGUCAGCGGCAAACUGGUCGCCAAGACAGAAAAGCAGCGUAGACAGAUGGCAAUUCAUAAACGGUUUUUCACCACCCUUGUACUCCAGGAUCUGGUGAAUGAGGUGCCUUUGGGAACAGUUGCUUCUAAAUACACCUGCAAUCGUGGGCAGUUACAGUCUCUCCAGCAGUCUGCUUCUACUUAUGCAGGUAUGGUGACAGUGUUCUGCAAGCGUCUGGGCUGGCACAACAUGGAGCUGCUGCUGUCCCAGUACCAGACCAGGCUGAGCUUUGGAGUCCAGAGGGAGCUGGUGGACCUGGUCCGAGUCUCCCUCCUGAAUGCAACACGAGCCAGAGCGCUCUACACACAAGGGCUCUGUACUGUCGCUGAACUAGCCAGGGCCACUGUGGCUGACGUGGAGAAAGCCUUAAGGAAUGCAGUCCCAUUCAAGAGCUCCAAACGUGCAGUGGAUGAAAGUGAGAUGGAGGUGGCGGAGAGACGGAAGCUUCGCUGUGUCUGGGUGACAGGUGGGCGGGCCCUGACGGAGCAGGAAGCAGCCAACGAGAUUGUUUCUGAGGCGAGGCUCCUCCUCCGGGAAGACCUGGCAAGGCUAGGAGUUCAGUGGGACCCGACGACACUUCCUCCUGGAGCUCCUGGUGUCAUCAGCCCUGACGACCAUCACAGCAGUGGCUCGGAAACCUCAUCUGGCUCAAAUCUCAUCUCACACGAAGCGCAGGGAGGUAACACUAAAGACGGCCAGGAGGGAGGCGGGCUCAAGAAAAAAAGACAAACACCCAUGAGGCCAGAAAAAGAAGAGGAAGAGCCCAAAAAAUCAGAGGAGAAAAGUGAAAGCACAGUCUCAAUCAGACCAGUGGGUCAGCAAGCAAAACAGCCCGUUCUUGAAAGAAGUCUGACGCAGGAGUUGGCGGAGAUUGUUUCCAGCCCUCUGCCUCUGUCACUGCCCCAUCCUCAGCCCACGCCUCCUCCAAUGCCUCCUCCUCGUUUCAGAGCCCCGAUAUCCUGGGUGGCAGAACAACGUAGUGUUUCCACAAGGACUUUAAAAAGAGACGGCACCACAGGGGGUUCUGCCUCACCUCUGCAGCAAAGUAGACAGAAGCACUCAAGGGCUCUGAGCAAAGUCCUGAACUCCAUACAAACUGACAAAUGUCCCCAAGAUAACGUAGAGACUGUGCGAACAUCCCCGCUGAAAUCGGCCGACACCUCAGGACCUGCAGUCCAGCAGUUGACCUCUGACCCCGGGCCACAAACUCCUCCCUCAGUUUCUGGCCCGACAAACGGCGCCACAUCAGAUCCUCCGUUAUUCUCUCCGGAAGCCAAGCGGAGAAGGGUAGAGGCCGGAGAGGUGGAUAAGUUCUCCUCUCCGGAGCUGUACGAGGAGGAUGAGGGAGAUGUUGAAAAGGGACAGGAGAGCUUCGGCGACAGCUUUGAAUUGGACACUCAGACAGAAAGAAUUCUCGUUCAGCAGUCAUACGAGUACAGGAAUGAAAAAGGAAGGAAUGAGAUGUUAGAAACAGAAAAGACAAAAGAGGAGGGAAUGGUAGAAACAGCUGUCGAGCCCGAGGGAGACGACGGACCUGCCCCUAACAACCCAUGUCCCAGAUUCAACAUCUCUCUUACAGUCAGCCAGAUGGAGCUCAUCCUCAACACCAGCCACCAGAUGUCUCCUGGUCGUGGUGGAGGUGAUAACAUGGAUGAAGGUCAAAAUGAAGGUGGUGACGAUGGUCCUGACGCCCCUGCUGCCAAUCAGGUUGCUUCUGAGAGUCCUAACAGAAGCAGCAGCUUCCUGUUCGACAGCCUGUAUGACAGCGCCCUGCUGGCUGGUCUGAGCCCACACCACCAGUCAGAUGAGGAGGAAUCUGACGACCAGGAGCAGAAGUGCCCCCUUCCAUCGACCCAGGAGCGACGACGCAGUGAGCUCCUCGCCAACCAGGAGGCCGACAAGCAGGAGGCAGUGCAGUGGGGCGAGUCCUCCUUCAACCUGUCGGAGUGGGGCGACUCGCUGUUAGUGGGCGAGCAUUUUUUGGAGAGGCAGAGCUUGCUCAGGCACACGGAGAGAACGCAAAAGGAGCAAGAAGGAUUACAUCAAGCUCAGGAAGCCAACGCAAAGGAACAGCUGUCGGCUUCUCCGUCUGAACCUGGGCCGAUACAAACCCUACCCGAGCGCACUGCAAGUCAACGUGAGCGUGACAAGGACACAGCUACAGAGUGCACUGAGGACAACAGAGCAAAUCCACCUCAGCCCUCAAUACAAGCGGGCAGAAACACAGGAAAGCUGAAUGUGCAACCUGCCGCCGAGAGCGAAUCUCAGUCGGCACUCACCUCCAGUCAGGAAGCUGAGAAUGUCACAGAGAGACCAGGAUCUGCUGGUGACCUCAUUCCCCCCACCCAGGAAACGCCGCCGGUCACCCCCAGAGUAAAACUGACCACCUCCUCGGUCCAGUCGCCUCUCACCACCAAGCCCCUGAACCAGUCGACCCCCUCAACCCUUCCUCCACGGAAACAGGCAGCCCGGAAAUGUCGUAAAUCUCUCUCAGGACACGGUCAUCCUCCAUCAGAAGCUACCGACACUAAACAGCCCAACUCUGAUCGGAGCCACAAACACCAGCUCGAGAAAACAAAAUCUUUAACUACACUUCCUGAAUCCGAGCUCAGGUCUGUUCAAUGCUCCAAAACCAAACCUGUGCUCCGCAGCAACCAGCAGCUCAGCCGUCCUCCACAGGUCACUCCUCCGUCCUCUCACCGACCAAAGACUCCCCCCGAUACAGAGUCGCCAGUCGCUGAAGGCUUCACUCUUCAGCUGUCCCAAGAAGCAUCACUAAAUUCCAGCAGCUCUGGGUCUUUCUCCAUCAUAGACGUGGCGAGCGACAGGGGCCUAUUUGAAACUUUCAUCCGAGAGUGGAAAACGAAGGAGCGCUACUCUCUGGCGUUGGCCUGUGAAAAGAGGGAGCGCAGAGAGCAGCCUGAGGAGGAAAUAGGAGGGAAACACAAGAGAGCAUCAGCAGCCCAUCAGAAGCUCAAUGGUUUUCCAGUGAGAAACAGUGAUGGACUGGUGCUGAUUGGACUGUCGGUCUGCUGGGGAGCAAGAGACGCGUACUACGUGUCUCUGCAGCAGGUGCAGAGCAAAGGUUUGAGCUCCAGUCUGGCUCCUCCUCUGCUGGAUGAGGGUCUGCCAGUAAGUGAGAGGCUGGAGCAGGUGAGGGCUUGUCUGAGCCGGCCAGCAGAGGGUCCCAGUGGGGUAGUGGUAGUCACUUAUGACAUCAUCCAGGUGUACAAGACGCUUGUACUGAGCUGUGGCAUCAGCUUGGAGGGCAGCUGUGAGGACCCCAAGGUCGCCUGCUGGCUGGUGGACCCCGGCAGUGAGGAGAGGACCCUGCCCAACAUGGUGACUGUCUUCUGUCCUGAAGAGCUACCUCUGCUGGAUGGACUCGGAAAUGCACAUGCACACUGUCCCCGUGUCAGAGCAGCGACCAAGAGCGUGCUCGUACAUGCUGUCAUGAAGCACGUCCGCGGCCUGCUGGAGCAGGACGGCAUGCUGGAUCUAUUCAGGAGCAUUGAGAUGCCUUCUCAGGUGAGUUUGGCUCUGUUGGAACUGAAUGGAGUGGGCUUCAGUGCCGAGGAGUGUGAGAGACAGAAACACGUGAUGCAGGCCAAGCUCUCCACGCUGGAGUCUCAGGCGUACAACCUGGCUGGACACGGCUUCUCGCUCACCAGUGUUGACGACAUCGCACAGGUUUUGUUCUUGGAGCUUCACUUGCCUCCAAAUGGUGACGUGGGCGGAUCAAAAAGUAAGAAGACUCUGGGCUACACCAGGAGAGGCGGUGGCAGAGUGCGGCUUGGAAAGCAGUUCAGCACCACCAAGGAUGUUCUGGAGAAACUGUGCCCCUUGCACCCGCUGCCAGGUGUGAUUCUGGAGUGGAGGCGGAUCACGAAUGCCCUGACCAAAGUGGUGUUCCCCCUGCAGAGGGAAAAAAAAUAUCAUCCUUCACUGGCCAUGAACAGAAUAUACCCCAUCGCCCAGACACACACAGCCACAGGUCGAGUGAGCUUCACUGAUCCCAACAUACAGAACGUCCCCAAAGACUUUGAGAUCGACAUGCCCACGGAGGUGGAUGAGAGUCCUCCUUCACAAAAGGCCUGCCAGAACAAACCAGGAAAGAAGAGACGCUCUGCGGUGCCUUCAGGUCCAGCUGGAGCUGCAGGACAAGGCCCGACUUUCUCCGUCAGCAUGAGACACGCCUUUGUACCGUUUUCAGGAGGAAUGAUAUUAGCAGCCGAUUAUUCCCAGCUGGAGUUGAGAGUGUUGGCUCAUCUGUCCAAGGAUCAGCGACUUCUGCAGGUGCUGAAUGGAGGAGCAGACGUGUUCCGCUGCAUCGCCGCCGAGUGGAAAAGUAUCGACCCAGAGACGGUGAAUGACAACCUGAGGCAACAGGCGAAACAGAUUUGUUACGGUAUCAUUUACGGGAUGGGAGCCAAGUCUCUUGGGGAACAAAUGGGAGUGGAGGAGAAUGAUGCAGCCUGCUACAUAGAGAGUUUCAAGUCCAGAUACAAAGGCAUCAAUGCUUUUCUUAAAGAAACUGUGAAGAACUGUGUAAAGAACGGCUACGUCCAGACUCUGAAGGGCCGCAGGAGGUACCUCCCUGGAAUCACUAACUCCAGCUCGCACAUCAAAGCACAUGCAGAGCGUCAGGCGGUGAACACGACUGUUCAGGGUUCAGCAGCAGACAUUGUUAAACUCGCCACCGUGAACAUCCAGAAGCGACUGAGGAAAACCUAUGCUGCUGCUCCCGCGUCCCACCAGCACACACUCUCAGCCAGGAACCAGAGCAGGACUCGGAUGUCUCACCUAAGAGGAGCCUACUUUGUCCUGCAGCUGCAUGAUGAGCUCAUCUAUGAAACCACAGAGGACGACCUCAUCCAGGUUGCUCAGAUAGUAAAGAGAGAGAUGGAGUCGGCAGUAAAACUUUACGUAAAGCUCAAGGCCAAAGUCAAGGUGGGACCCAGCUGGGGGAACCUGCAGGACAUCGAUCUGUAA